AUGGUUGCCAUCGGUACGUUGAUCAUGUCGCCGAUAUGUUGGCUUGGCUAUCAGGAAAAGAAGUGUGUUUUCAAACUUUUUAAUUUUCAAAUUUUUUAAAAUUUUUAAGAUUUCAAAAAAUAUUUUAAUUUUCUUAAAAUUUCGAAAUUUUAUAAAUUUGAUUUUGUAAAAUUUUUUUUAUAUUUAGAAUAGAAACCUUGAAGUUGUUGAGUAAUGAAACGAUAGAUGACUUUGGUUUUUCGAGUUACUUAUCAAUGAGUUGUGUUACGAAAUGGUCGGAGUGGACACUUAAUACCACACAUUGGUCGAAUUCAAGAUUUGGUAGUUUUGAAAUUUUAAAUUCUACUUCUAUCUUUCUCUAAGACCCAGCCUGCUUUAAAAAUUACCCCGCCCCACGAUUUGUCUUUCUUAAAAUCUACCUUGCCCUAAGACUUACCCCGCCUUAAGAGCUACUCCGUCCUAUGUUCUACCCUACGUCUACUCAUACCCAAUACUAUCUAACUUUUUCUAAAGUUUAUCUUAUUUUACCCUGAUAGUAUAGCAUUUACUUUUUUUGUUACAGUAUACUUUUUUAUAUUUUUGUUACAGUAUGGCAGCGGACUCGACAAAACGCGUUAUGUGAGCCAGAAGACGAGACUGUUCCCGUGGAAUGUCCCCUGAAUCCAGAAUUUGAAAAAUCAGUCAUCGUUUUAACCACAAGCAUGCUACAAGAUGACAAAUGUGUAAGUUGA